UGAAGCAGGACUGAGCCGGGAGGUGAGGAGCGGCCGGUGGCGGCCGCCGCCUUUAGCAGCUGCAGCGGCAGGGUUGGCGUCUCCUCUGAGGAGAUCGGUUGUCUAGGCCGCGGCAGCCAUGGCCGUGGACUUUGGGGACCAAGCCAGCGGGUUCCGCCACAACGAGGUGAUCAGGUUCAUCAACAAUGAGGUCCUUAUGAAUGGGGGCGGCCCCGAUUUCUAUGUGGCCUUCCGCUCAAAGCCCUGGAGUGAGGUAGAGGAUCGGCUUCGGGUCAUCGUGGCUGACCCGCAGGUGCCGCACUCCAUCAAGAGGGCCUGUGCCUGGAGUGCGCUGGCCUUGAGCGUGCGUUUGGGCGCGAGGCAGCAGGAGCAGCAGGUGAGCCAGAUCCGGCGGCUUCAAGAGCAGUUAGAGGAGCGCGAGGUGGCUUCCUGGGCUCUGGCCUCCGAGCUACAGCGCCUGCGUGACGAGCGGGAGGAGGUAGUCACGCAGCUGGGAUUCACACAGGCCGCCCUGCAGCAGGCGCUGAAUGAGUAUGACAUGCUUCGUGGGCAACUGCUCCAGGUGGAGAGACUGGCCCAGGUCGCCCCACAAGCCCAAGAUAUGGCGCCUUGUCCUCGAGCCGAGCAGCUUGGGGCUGCAGCGUGGCCCCUGAACGCAGAGCAGCAGAGAGAUGAGGUGGCCAUGGGGGUGCAUGGCAGGCUAUAUUUUGAGGCCCAGAUGCCAGCCUCGGCAGCUGUGUUUUAUGGGCCAGGACCCCUGAGUCCCUGGGCCCAGGCCAUGCAACACCCCCUGCUGAUGCCGAUGCCAUACCCAUUUCCAUUCCACGCACCAUUCCCAAUGGGAUUCCCAUUCUUGGCACCUAUGCCACCACCAGCAGUCAUGGAAGCAGAAGCUGCAGAUGUCCCACCUCAGAUGCCUCCUCCAGCGAUCUACCCACCUGGCCCGGGGGCUGCUGUGAGCUUCCAGGAGGAGACAGCCACACUGGGAAACCAGCAGAGUUGCAGCCAGGGGGAAGAUUCUGCGACCCUCCAGGGUACAGACCCCUUAGGGGAUAUCAGCGGCCUUAGCCAGAAAGAAUGUCUAGCGAGGCCCCAGGGCAUGGUCCCACUUGGGGGUAGUUGGAACCUCAGCCAGGAUGGAGGUCUAGAUGGGUCACAGGGGAUGGUCCCUCUUGGGGGCAGUUGGAACCGCAGCCAGGAUGGAGGUCCAGAGAGGCCCCAGGGGAUGGUCCUUUUGGGGGCCAGUGGGAGCUCCGGCCAGGAAGAAGUUCCCCAAAGACCCCAGGGGACUGUUCCCCUGGGGGGCAGCAGAAGCCAGAGCCAGGAGGGAGAUCUAGGGAGGCCCCAGGGGACUGUCCCCCUGGGGGACAGUAGAAGUCACAAGCAGGAAGAUCCAGAGAGGUCUCAGAGGACUGUCCCCCUGGAGGUCAGCAGAAGCCAGAGCCAGGAAGAAAGUCCACACAGGCUCCAGGGGACAAGGGGCAGCAGAGGCCAGAGCCAGGAAAGAGGUCUGCACAGGUCCCAGGGGCUGCCUCCCUCUGGGGGAAGCAGAAGCCAGAGCCAGGAAGGAGGUCCACAGAGGCCCCAGGGGAUGGAGGGCAGCAGAGGCCAGAGCCAGGAAGGAAGUCCACAGAGGCCCCAGGGGAUGGAGGGCAGCAGAGGCCAGAGCCAGGAAGGAAGUCCACAGAGGCCCCAGGGGAUGGAGGGCAGCAGAGGCCAGAGCCAGGAAGGAAGUCCACAGAGGCCCCAGGGGAUGGAGGGCAGCAGAGGCCAGAGCCAGGAAGGAGGUCCAUGGAGACCCCAGGGGAUGCCUCCCAUGGGGUUCAACAGGAGACAGGGCCACGAAGGAGGUCCAGAGAGGCCCCAGGCAACCGCCCAGGUGGAUAGCUGGAGCCAUGUUGGAAGAGAAAACCCAAAGAAACAACAGCCUCAGGGGCAGAAGACCAAGCAGCUAAAAGGGAAAAGGGCCUCAGAAUCAUACCACCAGGAGCAAUCUGCUUCAGGCUGCAGUUCAGUGUAUUGGGACUGCCCAUGGUGUAAAGCAGUGAAUUUUCCCUGGCGCAAGGCCUGCUAUAAAUGCAAGAGAGUCUGCAUGGCCGUUGAGAGUGGAGGCCCUGACCCAGGACAAAGUGACUAAUUUCAGGAAGGUAAGUAAGAAUUGGAAAUACUCCGAAGAAAAACCGAUUUCCUCAUACCCCUCUU